CGCCCGCGCCCGCGCCGCGCGUCCCCGGCUCCUGUGGCCGCGCCCUGGCGGCGGCGCGCGCGCUGGCCUGGAGACCCAAGUGGAGGCCCGUUUGGAGGCCGACCUGGCCCGGCAACCAUUGCGCGGGUAAGAUGGCGGCGCCCGGCGAGCGCGGGCGCUCCGGCGGCGGGAGUUUCUUUUCCUUCCUGCCGGGCGUUCCGCGCUCAGAGGUGCUGGACGAUCUAGCGACCGAUGCGCGGGGCUGGGGCGCGGGACGGAGAGAGGCUGCCGCCCCGGCCGCAGCGCCAGUUCAGGCGCCGGCCCCCGAUUCCCAGGUCCCUGAGGGCCUCGCCCGGAGGCGGGCCUGCCGGGCCUGCGUGGACUUCAAGUCGUGGAUGCGGUCGCAGCAGAAGGGGAGCAAGUUUAGGGAGGAUUGUCCCCCGGACCGCGAGGAGCUGGGCCGCCACAGCUGGGCUCUCCUCCACACCCUGGCUGCCUACUACCCGGACCUGCCCACCCCAGAACAGCAGCAAGACAUGGCCCAGUUCAUACAUUUAUUUUCCAAAUUUUACCCGUGUGACGAGUGUGCUGAAGACAUAAGGAAAAGGAUAUACAGGAACCAGCCAGAUACAAGCACGCGGGCGUGCUUCACUCAGUGGCUGUGCCGCCUGCACAACGAAGUGAAUCGCAAGCUGGGCAAGCCCGACUUUGACUGCUCGCAUGUGGACGAGCGCUGGCGUGAUGGCUGGAAGGACGGCUCCUGUGGUCCCCAGGACGCUGCCUGCGAGCUCUUCCCCCAUCAAGUUUGGAGCAGAAAUGGAAGUGCCCACAGCAGACACCCUGAUGGCCUCCUCAACCGAGGCCAAGUUGCCCCACGGCCCUCUGGGGCUACACUGCAGGAAUGAGAUCCGGGUUGAGCUCCCGCUCUGCUCAGUCGUCUACAGGGAAAGCUCAGCACACAGGCCUCCAGAGCAGUGCCAGGACUGCCAGCAGGGGCUCAUGGGACCAGCUUCCUCGGAGUUAAACCAAAAUAAAACGCUGGAGAGGUGCCUGAG